ACUACUCUCUGGACUUCACAUAACCUCUUUGGUUUCGUUCCAAUAAUUUCGCUUGUUUCAAGUGAGCUAAAGGAAUUUAAAGGCAAAGGUGGUGACAAAGAAGUAACUUUAAUUAGUGGCAAACUUCAAAUCUGUUAUUAUUUUCGUACAGACAAUCAUGGUACGUAAGUACCUGGUAUAAGUUGAGUUUGAGAAGUGGAACGUCUUAUUUCUAAAACGUCGGUGCACGUUUAAAUCUAAAAUGACAUCCGUGGACUCAGGAAUUGAAACCAGUAACAAUUCGGACGAUAGUUCGUUUGCUCAAAAUGAAGAUAUGUUGACAGAUGAAAUCAACACCAGUCCAGUCAGUUCAGCUGUUGCAACAAUAAGCAGCACUCAAAAUGAUAUUCGCACAACCAAACCAGAAAAUCUUCGUAUUGAAAUCGGAUCGGAUUGGUUGGUUUGUUGGCCAGGCGUACGUUUACCACUUUCAUCUUUAGGUUCAAUAAAUGAAAAUUACAAAUAUCCUGAAGAAAUUGAGAAUUCUACGCCGACAAGUAGUUCGGGACCAAUCGUUCUAUCCUCCAACGUUCCAGAAAUUAAAUUUCCUUGCAUAUAUAAUUCUGCCAGGCCAUCACCUUACAUGACAAUAUUCAGAAGAAGAGGUAUUUAUUAUAAAAAAAUGAAAUCUGUGCAUACAUCACACAGAUAUCAUCAUCCUGUUUCUUGGAGUUACUCUCAAGCUCCUUUUAUUGAACGUAAAAUGAGAGUUGCAGCAGCCACAAACAAUACUAUAAUGAUGAGACAACUGUUAAUUAGUGGUGUAUCACCUAAUAAUCAUGAUGAACAAGGACGAACUCCUCUUCAUCUUGCAUCUUGCAGGGGUUACACAGAAAUGGUAAGUUUAUUACUAGAACAUGGCGCGGAUCCUAAUCGUCGCGAUUGUGUAGGUAACACUCCAUUGCACUUAGCCGCUGUGACUGGUAAAAUAUCGGUGGUUACGCUUUUGUUAAAUGCGGGGACGGAUUUAUUAUCUUUGGAUCAGGAAAGUUACAAUCCCUUACAAUUAGCACAGACAAAAUUGAAAUUGUUACAGAACUGUAAGGGAGAGAAUAUGCAGAGAACCAGAGAAGAAGUGCAGAAUGUAAAGAGCAUGCUGUUGGCAUGUUUACGGAAACAAAAAGAUACUCACAAAAAGAUGGAUACCUUAAGCACAUUUUGCUCGCGUUUAUCUUUAUCCAAUCCAUCUGAUCAAAUUCAAGACGAUGUCAAAGAUCUGUUGGCUAAUUUAGAUGCUCUUUCUAUAACUCAAUAAUUAUCCAUUUGCAUUAACAGCCGAUUUUGAUUAACAUUCAUAAUUAGAAAUGAUACAAAAUUUAAGAGAAGGUCAACAGCAUAUGUUAAAUUUACAAUCAUAUCGUAACAAAUACAUUUUUUGUAGUUAAUCGAUGCGUCACGAUAAAAAUCUUUUUUAAUAAAUAUUCCCGCGUGAGAUAAUGAUAAAUUUUUAAUGUACAAAAUGAGAUAGAAUUACAGUUCGUUUAAACGAUCGUUACAUCGAUACAUUUAGGUAUAUCGAAUUAGAGUGUGACUAUUAUUAUAUACGAUGUUGUUAUUUAUACAUUAAUGACACGUCAGAUAUUUUUACAUCCUUUUUUUGUUUGAUUGAAAUGAUUUCAACAAACUUUGCUUUCUUUAUUACUAAAAUAUUAUUUUCAAUGAACGAUUUGCUUAUUUGCUGUUAUUAGCUUGAUACUACGUAUGUAUCAUAAAUUAUACAAUUAGAGGUCUUUAAUUAUAAAGAAGUCUAUUACUAAUAUCCCUAUGGAUUAGAUAACAGCUCAAUUUUAGGAUAACAAGCCAGAAGUAUAACAUUUCACGAUUCCACUUCGGCCUCUAACUUCUGUUUCUCUUUGUCUUCUCAGCAAUCACUGCUUCAAGUUAGUUAUAUUUAUAUACAUAUGCAAGUUCUAUUUGAUAUAAAAUUCAUAGUAUAUAAUAACUUUUUAAAUACAAACGUUUUCAUAUGGUGUAGGUUUAAAGAAUGGUACAUAACAUUUUUGCAAGUUUUAAUUACAUGUUUUACUUUAUACCCAUAUAAAAAUUGAUAAUUUUUUUUCUUCUAUAAUAUUUAUAAGUAUUCUUGCUCAUUUAAAGAAUCGCUUCAAUUUAAUAUAUUUAAGCAACUAUAGAACAACUAAUUUUUAAUUUCUAUAGCAUCACUUUUCAUAGAUCGAAUGAAAAAGAUGAUAUUUUAGAUUGUAUUUGGUAAAUUCAGCAAGCUGCAAAGAGAGUAUUAAAACCAAAAAUAUAAUUAUCUCGUUUAUUAUUGUUUACAGUGUGUAUAUGCUUAUUCAUUUUUUUUUAUGAAUUUAUAAAUUUUUUUAAUAUUCUAUUUUAAUCUGCUAUUAUUUUAGUAAUUUAUAUGUAUAUUUACUAUUUCAGUUUUGUUGUGUAUAUUACGAUUCUUUUUAAGAUUUGAAUCCUUUUUUUAAGUUUUUUUCAAAUUUUCAUAGCUACAAGACUGGUAAACUUUCAAAAUAGGCUACAAGGUGUUCUUGUCACUUACAGUUCUAUCCCAAGUUUUCACAAGUGCAUUAUAUUUCUUUGUAUAAUGUUAUACAACUGUUAAGCGUUGAUAAACGUAUUUCUUAAUGUGUUUAUAAAAGGUAUUGUAACGCUAUGUGUGAAGCAUUCUUCAUAAUGAAAAUAUAGUACCCAAAAACGUAAAAUUUUGAUAGAAGUGUCUCUAUUGAAAUAGUUUAUGUGAUACUUAUUAAUUUGUUUUAAACAAAAUCAUAUAUUCUAAUGAAAUUUAUUGUUAAUUUUAAAAGUUAAGCAUUUUAAAUAUUGCCAUUACUUCAUUAUCAUCCAUAUUUUGUCACUCUGUUUGCAGCCAUAAUGAUAUUUUUAAAACAAUGUUAGAUAUAUGUGCAAAUUAUGAAAUAAAUGAUCAUAUGAAAUUAAAAACUGUCAACGUUUACAUGGUAAACAUAUCAUUUGUUGAACUGUAUAUUAUUAAAUAUAAAUAUAAUUCAUAUAAUGCAAUCUAUAAUGCAUAGGUGUUCGAAGUAUUAUUAUACAAUUAGGUAAUACAAUUAGGACUAGACAUGAUUUCUUCAAAACUGCUUGUCUGUCAAUUGCUAUUAUUUUAUAAUAUAUAACUGAUAAAAUAAUAGUUAAAAUUGGUAUAACAAGCCAAUUUGAUUGAAUAUAGUAUAAAAAACAAUGUGUGUGUCAAUGUAACGUUUCAAAUUUAUUUUUGAGAAUGAAGUAGUUAUGUUAGAUACUAUGUUUUAUUAGGUAUAGUACAUAGAAAUAAAAUUUAUGAUCGCGAUAUUUCUAUGAACAGAUCUAGUAAAUGUAAAUGAUCAUCUUUAUAUUAUCUAACUACAUAUGAGCGUGUAAAUAAUUAAUGUAAUUACUUUAUACGAACUGUAUAUAAAUGAUUCAUCCGGUAAACGGUACUUAAUUAGAAAA